GCGGUUGUUGAUUGUAGAGCUGCGCCCAGCCCUCCUGUAUACAGAGAAUAGAUGAAUUGUAAACAGAGAGCGGGCUAGCUGGCAGCUGUUGGGCUUCGCUCGGCUCGCCUCGCCUGUCGCCGCGUGUGCGUUAGUUAGUCUGCAGUGGACGCGCGGAGGAGACGCCACGUCUUGUCGCGGGUGCGUGCUGCGUGCUGCGUGUGCGCGGGAGUGCGUGCUGCGUGUGACGCGUCUGUCUUCGCCCGGCGCCUGCUGACCCGCGGGGCCACCUGGGGGAGAGCCCUUUCGAGACCAGCUCGUGGGCCAAGGCGCACUUCACGACCCAGGCUGUCACGCCGUGGCACGCUGCGGCGCUGCGCGGGAGCCACGCCCGUGCCAGUGAUGAUGGCAUAAUGGACCAUGAAACGGACGGAGACGGCGCCAUCAACCUGUCGACUUCGCAGCGACCCUCCGCCGCCACCACCCCCAACGGCAACGUCGACUACGACGACCAAGAGACGGUGUCUUCGCUCGCGAAGGCGCUGAAGCAGCAGCAGCAGCGCGACAAGGAGCGCGACAAAGAGGACAAUGGCAAGAGCAGCCCGCAGCAGCAGCAGCAGCAGCAGCAGCAGCCGCAGCUGUCGCCGCAGCAGGCGAGCGCGGCCCCCGCCGCCUCCCAGGCGCCGCCGCCGCCGCCGCAGCUGAUGAUGUCGCCGCCGGCGUCCGGCCUGCACCACAUGCAGCAGCUGCUGCAGCAGCAGCUGCUCAGUCCGGCGCAGCUGCAGUCGCUCAUGCAGCAGCACUCGCUGUUCCUGCAGCAGCAGCAACACCACCACCACCAGCAGCAACAGCAGCAGCUGGCCGAGCUAGGGCGCAAGCAGCUCGAGCAGGCCAUACAGCAGCUGCAGGAGCAGCUGCAGCUGAACGUGAUCCAGCAGACGCACCUGCUGCAGACGGGCGACAAGAAGAAGGCGGGCGGGCCGCUGCAGCAGCUCGCCCUGCAGCAGCAGCAGCUGAUGCAGCAGCUGCAGAUGGUGCAGCGCCAGUACGUGCUGCAGCAGGCGCAGGCCGGCGCAGGAGUGUCCGCAAGUGAUGUACAUAGUCCUUGGAAAGAAUUGCCAACUGAGGGUAUUGACCCUCACCAUAACCCUGUACCUCACAAAGGGAUCGCUGGACUCAAUGGGCUGCUGAGCUCGAUGGGACUGGGCAGGCGCGAUGGUGUCAACGGCGUGGCGAGUCACCAGGAGGACAGCACGGCAGACUCGAGGAUGCACCCGCUCUACGGCCACGGGGUGUGCAAGUGGCCCGGCUGCGAAGCGAUUUGCGACGACUUCCCGUCAUUCCUGCAGCACCUCAACUCGGAGCACACCCUGGACGACCGGUCGACGGCGCAGGCGCGGGUGCAGAUGCAGGUGGUGUCGCAGCUGGAGCUGCAGCUGCAGAAGGAGCGCGACCGGCUACAGGCCAUGAUGCACCACUUGCACCUCGCCAAGCAGCAGGCCGGCGAAGCGGUCAAGGUGGAGCCAGCGUCGGACCUGUUCCAGAACGCACCGAGCUUAGCCAAGCUGAGCUUGUCAUCAGUGCUGUUAAGUCAGCCCCCGCCGAGCUUGUCCACGUCGGCGCUGGUGUCUGCGGUACGCUCGCCAGUUCUGCAGCCGCCCACGCCCACCAUGGGAGGCCCCAUUCGCCGGCGGAUCAGCGACAAGUCUGCACUGUCCCUGGCAGGAGGUACCGGAGAUAUUAAAGAAAAACAUUAUGCUGGGAAUGAUGUUAUAAAACCAGAAGUAUUGGAACAAUUGGUUUGGACGCAUAAAAUAUCAAGAGUAUUGGAAGAGACCUCACUAAGGCGGAGGCUUGCCGAUCGAGUGGCUCUUGAUAUUUGCGAAGAAAUCCAAAGGAAUAGGGAAUUUUAUAAGAAUGCAGAUGUACGGCCACCGUUCACUUAUGCUUCUCUCAUUCGCCAGUCCAUCAUAGAAUCCCCAGAUAAGCAACUGACGCUGAACGAAAUCUACAACUGGUUUCAAAAUACUUUUUGUUAUUUCCGCCGAAACGCAGCCACGUGGAAGAACGCAGUGCGACACAACCUAUCGUUGCACAAAUGUUUUAUGCGAGUGGAGAACGUGAAAGGCGCAGUAUGGACAGUGGACGAAGUGGAGUUUUACAAGCGGCGGCCUCAGCGUUGCACCACCGGGGGAGUGCCAUCGAAAAGUCCCACCUUAACGCAUAGUCCAACGCUUUAUGGAGAUGGUGUGAAUUCAAAUAUGCAGGUGGCGCCAGGGUUCUGCUCAUUUCCUGACUGGGUCAACAGCAUUCACCACGCCAAGGUCUCUGAGGUGGCCCUGGGAGACAGCAACAUGGCGUUCCUGAAUAACUCGAUGAGCGCCUCUACCACCACGAGUCCCGACAAGGUGUCCAGCUCGCCCACUGAGCACAGGUCAUCUGUGGACAGCUCAGUAGUGCAUAUCAAACAAGAAGGUGGGCCUGGUGGCCCAAAUGAUACCGAUGGCUUAAUGCAUCUCAUCAAGCAUGAGAUUCUUGAUCACAGUGUGGAACUGGACGAGUCAGACGAGCGAGAGUUCCCCAGCAUGAGGCUGGCCCAUCACAGCGACGAGGUGGAUGAAACAGCUGAAGAUCUUUCGAUGGUGCAAGAAGACGCGCUCGAUGCAUAGUACAUCUGCUCCUACGGCACAGGAACACCGUUUGAUCAUAUCUCUCGCUGUAGACGGACCAUGUAGAUGUGUGAAACUGGACCUUUCCACGGCCAAAGAGUGUGUGUUGACGAAACAGAACCAUGGUGUGCAUGGAAGACUGGAGACAGUAUUUAGACGUACCGUGUACACGAUUGUAGCAUGUUCCCGGUAGUUACCUGUUUGUUCUGUUGUGCAGGACUAUGCUGGCUAUCUACAGUUCGCAUCCCACAUAUUGGGCCACUCCACACAUAUUUAUUUUUCUAGAUGCUACCUUGUCUUACCAACCUAGCAGUUAUUUACAUGUUUGUGGUCUCUUCUGUUAUCACUGGUCUUCUUGGUGGUGCAAAUCAAGUUUGUGACUGUAAUGAUGGUUCCACUUCCGCUGAUGUUGCCAAACUAUUUACUUCCUAUCGGAGGACAUUAGUGUAAAUCAAGAAGUUUAUAUUUAUUGUUGAAUAAAAAGUAAAGAAAACUAUUUUAAGUGCUAAACGUUAAUGUGAUUGUUUAAUGUGCAUAUCUUUAUAUGCAUAGAUGGAAAUUUUUAAAAAAAUAAUUAUGCAUAUAGACCAGCUGACAAAACAAAAAUCACCGCUGCUGUGAAUUCUUUAUUGUACUGCGUACUAUUGUAAUAUUUUGUGGUAUUUAUUAUUUCUAGAGAAUUUGUUUAUAAAGCUGUGACCACAAUCAAUAUUUGUUUGCCUAUGUCGACAAGUAUUACAUAAGUCUCGUGUACCGUGUUCGGUUGAAUGGCAGCGAAAGAGUUCCUACUUAAUGGAAACAGGUUACCACAAAGUAUGGCUCACUCAAGACUAACACGGACUGGAAAACUUUUCAUAUCAGAUGCUAGUCGGUAUUUGUACUGUUAUGUACUGAGACAAAAAUUAUGUUUAGGAAAUUUUAAGUUCUCAAUUACGUGUGUUGCCAACAUUUCUGUUAAUGAAGGCUUUAUUAAAUUUUUAAAUAUUAGAUGAGUAAUCGUUGUGACAACCUGGUAUUGUCGGUUGUUUUGAUGAUAGCUACAGUAUUUGAAGGUAGUGAUUCAAAGAAGCUUGAGACAAAACUUACAGUUAAGUUUUUUUGUAUUCUCCUAGUAUAAUUUUUUAUAAAAAUCAUUUUAUCUUUGUUUUGUGGGAUUAUUUAGUAAUUUUACAAUUUCAAAAUUUUAGGUUUUUUUAUACAUGAAAAUAAUAUAUAUUUAAAACUUUCUAAAUUUUAUUUAUAAAAUUUUUAAUUUAUGUUAUUGCAUGGUUCUUUAUUUUCCAGGUGUGAAACCUGUGUAUACGUGUGAGACAUUUUAUGUUUUGCUGAAUGAUACAAAAUUUAAAAUCUAUAAAUAUUUUUUAUUAACUUCAAAUAUACAUGUGUCAAAAUCUUAUGUUGUAAUGUGUUAUGAAACAUGUACUUUCUUGUACACUUCUACAUUGUUUUUGAGUUUUUUAUUUCCAAGUUGUAUGGGUUUGCGUUACUUUUUGCGUAUGGUGUCAAGAACAUUUUAAAUAAUGCAAACUACAAUUUACUUACUUGCCUGUAUAAGUGCACAGUUAUAAAUACAUUCAGCAUUUAGGAAAUCUGUAAAGAUUAAAAGUGCAAUUAGUAAACCCAAAAUGUGAUACUAGCUUAUUUCUUUAUGUUUUUAAUUCACUGCUUAAACUAUAGGUUAUUUGCACUGCCUAGAGGCAGUAUGAACAUUUUAUUUUCAGAGCUGUCAAAAGCUCUUUAAUAACAAAAAAAAAAAUUUAUGUAGUUACAUACAAAAAUAUGUUUUUGUUCUAUAAAUAUAACUGAUGCUGUGUGAAUUUUAUAUCUGUUCAUGCUCUGUUGAUCUCCACUACCAGGUCUGAGUUGUAAAUUUUAAUUUUUGAAACAUAUUUAAAUGUUAAAUUACAGUAGUUUUAAUUAAGCUUAUUAUGUUCCUGAUUUGAAUAGCGAGUGUUUUGAAGUGUCAACUCUAUUAACGAAUUAGUCAUAUCUUGAAUAUCAAGCCAUUUACUAUGUUGGAUGCUGAUUAAAUUUUGAUUUAUUGUAAUCAUGUUAGUUAAAUGUGUAACAUUUAAUUACUGCUGGGUCCAGUUAUAUAGUGACUAAUAUAUGAUGGUUCCAUUUUCUAUCUGUGGUUUAUCAUUUUUUUCUGCAUGCUCAGAAAAUUUAAAAACUUAUUCUUAAUAAGUUAGAUUCAUAAAAAAUUUGUGGACAAAGUUUUGACUGCUAAUGCAGGGAAACUCUUUUACCUCAACCGAACCGAAUUGAUAAACCUAUCUUUAUUCUCACACUCUUGUCUGUGUUCUUAUACACUACUAAUUUCUAUUAUAUUUUCUGAAUUUUUAUUUUUUUCAUUUAAAUGUAUGAACAAGUGGUUAAUUUGUAUGUUCAAUAAUUAAUGCAUACAAAGAAAAAAAUAUACUUAUCGCAACAAAUAAUGACAGCAAGUUCGCAAUCCUUAUUCAUAUUUUGAAUGGUUGCAUUUUAAGCAAUAUAUACAAUUUUAAGAAAUUUCUACUUUGAUGUUAUUGUGACAAUGAUGUAAACAGAAAAAAAACCUCAAUAUUUGACUUUGCAACUUAACAUGAUAAAAGAUAAAUCUUUCUCAUUGUUUGUAUUUUAAUCUUUAAGGUGUGUGUUACAAGUUUGUUGCUAAAAAUCAAGUACAGUAUUUUCAUAAUUUUUUCAUAAUAAAAUCCCCAAUAUGUUUUAAUUUUGUGUUAACUCAUAGUAAUUAAUUUCUAUAUUUUUUUUCCAUUUGUUAUUAUAUUGAAAGUUUUUUUUUCUCUUGUCGUUUAUGUAUUCUAUACACAACAGACAGCUGAAACCGUAUGAAUGAAAUAGGUUUUUCUGAUUUAGUAUUGUAUUUUGCUAGUAGUUUAAAGAGAAAAAAAUUAAGAAUGUACAGGUUAAAUUUGUAAAGUAAAGCUUUGUCCCAAAUGAGAUCAUUUAAAAAAUUUGAUUACAUAACCAUAGUUCUUAAAAACAUGGCUUGCUUGGUCUUGAAAAUUGUUGUGUAUACCAAUAAGAACAGAAACAUUUGUACAGUAUGGUUUUACAUUAUUAAAUUUGUAGGCUGUUACUGUGUAUACUACACUAUAAUAUAUGUAGUCUCUUAUGCUUGUUUGGGGAAGUGGAUAUAGGCUUUGAUAAGAAAUGGUAUAAUAUAAACAGCCAUUUAGUAUCACAGGUUAACACUUUGAGUUGUAAGACAAUUAUAUGGAAAGACAUGAUUCAUUUUCUUAAUCUAAAAUUGCAUGAAUUAACAAACCUUUAUACUUUUUGUUAUAAAAAUCUUAAAAUAAAAUUUUUGUGUAUAGUAGUACUCACAAUUAAUUUUUUUACAGUUGAGUGAGCAUAUAAAUUCUAUGCUUGCAAAGAAAAUUUAUCAGUGCUUUACUAAAAUUAAAUUAAUCCAAAAUUGACAGAUAGUAUUUCAUAUGUUUAAGAGAACUUAUGCAAAAGUAUCUUGUAUCAAUAAAUGCUGUAGUUGCAUAUUUAAACACAGGUGAAUACUUAAAAAAAGAGCUUCUGGAGGAUCUUCGUAAACAUCAGCAUUAUUGCUUCAGUAGACUGGCAAAAAUACUCUUUAAGUGAUUGAAAAUGUUCUUAAAUAUUUUUGCAAUUAAUUUAUUUACUAUAAAUACUAUUAGGAUUUUUACUCAAAUUAUGACUACUGUAGUCCUGUAUGUUUUUAUCUCGGUAUACAAGAAGUAUCUGAUCACUUCUAAGAGCAUAAAGACAUGCUACAAUUCCUGUCAUAGCACGAUGGAUGUGAAAAAACCUGAUACUGAUUCUGUGAAGGAAAUUGCCCACAAAUGAAAUAUCCUUGGCUGCAAAUAAAAAAUUUUCACACAAUGAACAUGAUCACAUCACUUUUCAUGGCCUAAUUACAAAUUUGCCAAGUCCAAAGAAAUUUAUAAAAAAAUUAGGUUGUAAAAUACGUGUUUUCUUUCAUGUACUUUUUGGGCAACACUAUUAAAGAUGUCAACACAUACUUAUCAUGGUUGACUUCUUCACAGACUAUGUAUUGAUUUAUCUGUACAGCAGUUGUCAGUUUUUAACAUGAUGUCACUAAAAAGUAUUACCUUUUGUACGUAAAACAUGCUGUUUAUUAAUUUUCAUGGGGUUUUAGUGAUUUUAGCGAAAAAAUUAUAAUCACAUUAAAAAAAAUUAAAAUACCAUUCACAAAAUUAUCACCUCCUGACUCAAAUUUAUUUUGAGGUAACAUUUAUAUUAUAAUUAUAUGGAAAUUGCAUAAAUCCAUUUCUGCAGACAUUUUCUUCAGUGGAGCAUAAUGAAAAUUUUUUUUGUGGGGAGGGGGGGAAUUUUAAAGAUUAAAUUAAAAUUUGUACAUGUGUAUUCUAAAAACAUACAUUACUAUUGACACUUACACACUUGAGCUUUGGACCUACAGUAGUAGCAGUCAGUGAGUUAGCUUCUCACACCAUAACUUCAGGAGGAUAUUAUCUCUCAUUCUCCCCCAAUUGCAUCUGCCACUGAUUUGCUUUUAAUAAACAUUGCCUCGUUAUGUCCUAAACCGUAAAAAGAACAAUAAUUUUUUAUCACCACAUCUGCAAAAUUAGGUGCUUCCCAUCCCCAUUCCUGCUUCCCCCAUUACCCAUUAGUAAAAAUACAUUAUUUAUUUGCGUAAAUAUUAUUCAACCUUGUAUCAAUUAAAUACAGUUAAAUAAUGUAUCUUAUUCAGAGUUCACAAACUACAUUAUAUAGCAUAAAUUCAAAUUUAUUUUUUUAUAUAUACAAUAUAUCCAGCACCUUACAAAAAAUAACUAAAAAUCUACACAACUUAGUAUUGCAGCCAGUGUGGUUUGAUGGUUUGACAAAUUUUAACAUACAUUUUUUAAUCAUGACUUUUUGUAACCAUAAGACAGCUAUGGCCAUCAUGGAUGAACAUGAAAUAAUCAUGAAAGGAAAGUGUAGAAUUCAUAAGUGUUUGCAAGUGUUGUGUGUGAUAAGAAUGUACUAAUUAGUUUUUAAGUAGAUGGCAAAGCUUAUGGAGGUGUGGUACACUGCUUAUACUAUUUUACAGUAUUGUAAUUGGUAACACAUUUAUUGCCAGCCUAAUUUGAAAAGCUGCAAUUAGAAAUGUUUUAGGGUGACAGUUUAAGCUUGCUUUACAUACAUAAAAGUACCUAUAUGAAUAUGGAACAAGGGUUUUGAUGUUUGGUAAUUGCAAGAAGUUUUUGUAUUGCUACUAGUCUUCUGCAACAGUUUUCUUUUUUUUUGUGCACAGUGAAGAAAUUACACAAGGAUAGAUUUUUUUUUGUGUUGAUUGGGACCACAGAGUAUUUUGUUGUAAAAAAUUCACUACUGAAUUAUUCUAGCAAUUAUGCAAAUGAAAUAGACCAAAAGAAUUGCUGAAUAUUUGUGUUUGCAUCUAUAAGAGUUCAGAGUUCAAUAAAACUUAUUAGACUAAAGAAAGGGUUGGUAGUUGAUUGACAGAGUAUAGUGUCGAAACUGAUGUGGUGUAAUGAAUGUGUAUUAUUUAAUUUUGGUAAUUGCACUUUUAAUUCCCUUUUAGUUUUAUUUUAAAUAAACCUUUUUCUUAAGUUAAAAAUUUUAUACCUGUAACUGAAAUAAAAUCAUUGCUUUUGUAUUUAGUUAGAAUUAACAGUAACGCAAACUUUUUUUGUUGCAAAUAAUGUGUAAAAAAUUUUCUCCCUAUGUCAGCUAGUUAUCAUAUAAUUAUUUUUGAAGUUAAAAUUUGAAUCUAAUUUUCACUUAGCUAAUGUGUAAACAAUUUGCAUUUUAUUAUAGUAUUUUUGUUGCAUAAAAUGAAGGAAGAUUAAUAUUUUAAAAGGUUUGGUUAAAUAACAAUUACUUGUGAUCAUAAUUCUUUCAUGUAAUCAGAUUAUACCUUAAUUUAAUGAAAAAAAGUUUUUUUUAUGUAAUGUGCAUCAACUGUAGUGUUGAGUGAAAAUUUCUAACUAAACUGAACCGAACAUAUUAUGAAGCCAUACUCAGAAUAACUCUGUAUGGUGUUAAGAAUCAGAAUGUUUGUUUUUAGAACCAACAGUUUUCUUACUUAAUACUUGUGUGCAAGUGUAAAAUUUAUGUAUUUUACUUGGGAGAGUGAUAUUUAUUAAAUUAUAGAAUGCAUGACAUAGUUCCCAAAGAUUUGUGUUAUGUAUUCAGAACAUUCUAUUUCUUAUGCUUAUUAUCAGUUCAGAUUAUCUUCCCAUAACCACAAAUUCUUAUUCCUUUUUAACACUGUAGUUAAAUAAAAAAAACUACUCAAAAGAAUAAUCAAAAAAAUUUUUCUGAAAUAAUUUUACAUUUUCAUACAGUUUUCACGAUAAGACAUUGUUACACUUAAAAAGUCCUACUUAAUGUUAAAUAUUUGCACAAGCACUUCAAAUGGAAUCAUUUUAACUAGGGAUGGGCACAUUGAUUGUUCAGUGCUUCGAUGAUAUCUUUCCCUUCCAACGUCGCCAAGCAAUCAUGAUGCCAUGUUGAAGUAAAUAUUUAAACACUGGCUGGCCAACCAUUUUAUUCAUAAACAUUUUAGUUUUAUUUUUUCAAUUUUUCAUAUACUAAAGCUAAUUUCACGUUAUAUUUUCAAUUUUUUACAUAAAUAUUUUUUACUUUAAAGAAGUUAGUUAAAAAUUGGAUUUACACGUAGAUACAGUUAUUAAAUUUAAUGCCUAAUAUUUAUUUUUGUGGAUACUAAGUUGCUUCCCGUGUGCAAACAAAAUUUUGGUACAAAAUGCACUGUUUUCAUUUUUGUUUGAUGUUAUAUUUGCUGUUACGAUAGCUUGCAUAAUUAUUAAAUCUUUUGUGAAUUUUAAUCACCAUAAACAGAAAAUAUAUCAUGAUCAAUUAGUGUUUUAAUUUCAUUGUAAACGUUCAUGGACGUAAAUCAAUUGAAACACAAGAAUCAGGACUGUCAAAGAUCAUGGCCAGAGAGAGUCAGUUCACAAGAACACAAAAUCAAGGAUUUUGAUCAGUUUUAAUUAUAUAUUUUGCAAUACUUGUAAGCUUUUAAAGUUUAAAUUUUCAGAAACUGUACACUUCGUCAGUGUUAUUCUUUAGGUUAACCUUCUGCUUGAAUGUCCAUAAUUUCAUUCAGAAAGAAAGGUUGGUAAUUAAAAUCAAGCCUGGAAUCUAGGGAAAUUGUGGAACUGACCCAUCCCUAAUUUUAAGUAUUGCCAAUAUUUAUUGUAUUUUACUUUUUAACCAUCCUUUUAUGGUAAAAUUUAAUUCUGUGCAUAGCUUUUAAAAAUGCUCAGCUAAAUUUUUAAUUUACCUCUAAAAUUUAGUUACUUGGAUGUUGAAUAGCUACUGACAUGUUCUACACGUGUUAACUGUUUUAUUACUUUUUUCUGUGAACGUGCUUGUGUUUUUUUUUUUUUUUUUCAUGCAGGUGCCGUUUGUGAACUGAGCUGAAGUCAAAACAAAAUAUUACCACUUUUCUUAAUAUGUUUGUCUGGAGUGAUUGUGAAGAGAAAACUGCAUAUAUUAUGUGGUCCAACCAGAAUCAUCCCUGUUUAAUUAUAUUUUUGGUUGUAUUUGUAAUCCAUAAUUCUUUACACUGACAGUCUUUGUAGUGUCUUCAGUACAAACAUUGUACAAAUUGUAUUAAAACUUUAAAAUUAGCUGUUGUAAUUAGUUUUUUUUUUUUAAAUUUUGGGUGAAGAAAUUAUUUUUAUCACAUAAAAAAAUUUUGUAUCUAAAAUUGUAGUUUUGUCAUGAGUUUUGUUUGGUUGAGAUCAAUAGAUUUUUUUCAAGGUUCGGUUCAUUUCAGUUUGAAGCCCUGAUCCACUGUAAAUCUAUAUUAAACACUCUUUGACUCUUUGUAAAGUCAAAAAUUUGGUGUAAGUAGCUUACAAGUUGUGUUCAAAGUACACCUUUACUCCGAAUUAAGAUUUUUUUUUUUUUUAAUAUUUGUCCUGAGGUAUUAAUUUGAGUUUAUUUUUACAUGUCCUCCAUGACUAAAUUUUUUUUCUUUAAAUUCUAUAGUAAUUAUAAAAAUGUUUUAGACUUUUUCAAGAAUGUUUGAAAAAAUAUUUGUAAUUGUUUGGCAUAACUAAAACAAAAAUAUGUAGGAAAUGUGUGGUUCUUAAUAAUAAGAGUAUGACGUUAUGAAAUGUGUCAGUUUCUGUGUUGAAAGUAGCAAUUUGUUAUAGGUAGUACCUUGUCCAUUCCCAACGUAGAUUUUGUUGCCUAUUUUGUGCUAAAUUCUACAAGAAGAAUACAAAAGAAUGUAUAAACAUGAGCUUUAUCUUAAGAUACAUAUUUUUACAGUAUUUGAAAAUAAUAUUCUUUAAAUUUGUUUAGAGCUUUGUGCAUUUAUUUAUUUUCUUUUUUAAAAUAUAGCUUAUUAAGACAAAUUAUUUCUUAUGUAAAACGUUUCAGCAGUGUGUUUUGUACUAUAGAAUUUGUUGCCAUGUGUAAAUGACCUGUGUGGGUCACCAUUAAAAUUGCCAGGGAUUGGUUUAUUGCUUGGGCUGGAAAUAUUACACCCAAAUGCUGAAUGGUGACUUUUUGGAGGAGGGUAAAUUACUUUCUUCUAAAUAAUAUGUGUAUUAUAUAUAAUUUAUAGUGAACACAACACAAUGUAAAAUAUGUACAAAUGUGUGAAUGUGAAUACAAAUGGUAAAGUGCUGUUAAAGCAUUCUGAUACUGAUGUCAUAAUUUUAACAUGUCCCGUAUAUUUAUUUGUACCUUGCACUCCUCAUGAACUGCACACCUUGGUGUAGUGUAAGUUGAAGACAAAAGCAAAUGACUUGAAUAAUGUAACUAUCAGAGUUUGCAAAGUGUAGUGAGUGUGCAGUUUGUCCAAUUGUCAUGGACAUAGAAAUGCUUCAAAACAAUAUUUUAAUCUAUUGAUGGUGUCAAAAUGAUAAAAUUACCUAAGCUGGCUAUAAGUUAUGGUUAUAAAGGAAGAGUGCAGAGUGGGGAUCUGGUUUGGGGUUAAGUUUAACAUUGCAUGGCUGUGCAAAGAAAAGUCUAAGCUAAAGGACCUGUAUUGUUAGUGCAUGUUUCAUACCAAUUAAGCCAUGCCAACUCCACUGUAUCAGUAUGUUUUUUUGUAAGUGAACAGGCUUGUAACAGCCAUGAAAUAUGUGAAUAUUUUUUAUAUGAAUUUCAGGUUUUUUUCCCCUGUGCCUGAAUUUUUUUUUCCAUCCAACAGACUUUCCUUCCUGUUCUCUUCUUUUUUGAUCAUAAAUUUAAUCCAUUGGUUGUUUUAUGUGGUAGCCAUCUUAGCACUUUUAAGUUUAAGAAAAUAUACAAAAUUUAUCAUGUUAAUUGAAAUACAGAGUCAUAAUAUAAAAUUGAAACAAUCCAA